AUGCGACCCGCCAUGCGUCUGCCCCUUCGGGAGGCAUUUCGCACCACGAGGCAUUUCCCCCUCGCCCGCCAAUUCCGCCGCUACGCAUCCUCCGAUUCCCCGUCCUUCCUCGAGCGCACCCGCAGCAAGCUCUGGAGCACAGAGAAGCCGCCUGGUCCGGCUGACCCAUAUACCGGCGAGUCACAACUUGCGCGUGGUGUUGAGCCUGAGCAGGGAUUGGCCAAGGGUGAGACCGACAAAUCAGAAGUUCUGGCAACGGAGGAUUACGUGCAAGCAGAGAGCUGGGAUGGGCUUCAGGCCAUCGGUUAUCUCCAGAAGGACAAAUGGAUUCAGGAGGGUACACGCAAGGUUGAUAAAUAUGCUCCUUACGGCGCCGAUGUGAGGUCUCGAUCCGUCCAUUACGCUCUUCACCAGACCACCGUGGAACUAUGCUUGAUGAGCAUGCUGGGCAAGCCUCUGACUAGCAUUUGCGAUGUUCCUCGCCACAACCCCCAAAUCCUGCAGAUGCUCGACUCUUGCUACAUCGAUGGAUCGAGCCCCCAGCAGUGGAACAGUGCUCUUCGAUUCUCGAGCCAACAGAACAUGGAGGCCCUCCUCUUCGUUUUCAACCAGAUCGGUGGAGAGUCCACAGUCAAGGUCGAGCCCUCGGAAACCCUGGUUACCGACAAGUCUAGCAAGGAGGAUACACACCGCGAACUGUCGCUCACCGACCCGGAAGUCAAGUUUGCCUUCAUCAAGCGACUUUCCCAGCUUCUCGGUCGCCGCAUCUCCGACAAGGCCAUCACCGCAUCCUGGACUGUUGGUGACAUUCUCUCCGGAAUGGCCGCCCAGUUGAAGGAAAAGCCUAUUCAGGUUACCAAGGUCCUGAGCAAGAAGGCCGCUAACGGACACCUCCCGGCCAACAUCAAAUUCAGCCCCAAGCGUCUGACCAAGAGCCAGGUCGACGAGGACCACGGCCGGAAGAAGGCCAUUGUCUCCGAGUUCUACCGCAGAGGGUUGAACAUCCGUGGCGCGAGCAAUGGUGGAUUCCGAUUUGAGAAAUGA